AUGGCAGCUUCUCAAAAACGAUCCGAGUUUAUGGAAACUUUGCUGGACAAAUCUUCUGAACUAAAUUAUUGUUCUCCCUCAGGGAUUAUAAACGACGCAUGUUGUGAUUACGAGACUGUAGAAAAAACAAAUGAUAUUAUUUCAUCACGAAUAUCCGAAUUGGUGGCGACCGAUUUUUUCAAAUAUUAUAAGCUUAAUCUUUAUAAAGAAUGUCCAUUUUGGACGGAAUAUGGUCAAUGUAAUAAUCGUGCAUGCGCCGUAGAAACAAUCGAUGAGACUCAUCUUCCAGAAUCAUGGCGUAGUAUCGUUCUUGGUGCCAUACAAACAUCCUCGGCUGGACCGCAAUUUCAACCUUAUAAAAAGUGUGAAUAUAGAGAUCAAGAUUUUUGUGUUGUGGAAGAUGAGGCUGAUAUUGAGGGUGUCUAUGUUAACCUUCUCGAUAAUCCCGAAAGGUUUACAGGCUAUGCUGGAGAGUCAGCUAGUCGUGUUUGGGAAGCUAUCUACGGAGAAAAUUGUUUUAACCUUGUUCAUGACACGGAUUUAUCUAAAAUUUCUCUCAAUCCGGCAAUCAAUCGUCAACAAUUAGGUAGUCCUUCUAAAGUGAAAGCAAAGAAAGUGGAUAGUGAUGUUUGUUUUGAAAAAAGAGUUUACUAUAGAUUAAUAUCAGGUUUGCAUUCAUCAAUAUCCAUUCAUAUUUGUGACGAAUAUUUAAAUCAAACUACUGGUCAAUGGGGACCUAAUCUUGAUUGUUUUAUUUCAAGAUUUAGCAAUCAUCCGGAACGUAUUGAAAAUGCAUAUUUCACUUAUGUCGUUCUAUUGAGAGCUAUUUCAAAAAUGUCCGAAUACCUUAAGGUUUAUGAAUUCUGUACUGGUGAUAAAGAACAAGAUGUCCAAGUGAAAAGAAUGGUCAGUGAACUUGUAAAUACUGCUGAUUCAUGUCCCGGAACAUUUGAUGAAAAACAAAUGUUUGCAUCACCAAAAUCCAGAUUAUUGAAGGAAGAAUUUAAACUACAUUUCAGAAAUGUCUCCCGAAUUAUGGAUUGUGUUGGAUGUGAUAAAUGUCGUUUAUGGGGGAAACUACAGAUAUCUGGAUUGGGGACAGCUUUGAAAGUUCUCUUCUCAUAUGAUGAUGAAUAUUUCAAUCCAAAAGUACAUCCUAAUUUAUUGACGCGAACAGAAAUUGUUGCGUUAUUUAACGCAUUUAAUCGAUUAUCGGAGAGUCUUAAAGCAAUUGAACGGUUCAGAAUGAUGUAUCAACAAAGAAUUAAUGAUCUCAAUGAUGGAGAAUCACCAGUGCCGGUUAAUACGAAUAAUGAAACUCCUCCGAUUGUGGUUAUUGGAACUCAAAACAUUACAAAUAUACAUUUUCCAGAAAUAGAUUUUUUUAUAAAUCUAUUAACUUCAAUUAAAGAAAUCAUUUCAUCAUAUGUUAUAAAAUUUUAUCAGUUAUUUGUACAAUUAUUGGAGCAUUGGCACAUUCCAGUGCCCGUCGCAUUGAAAUUAAUUAUCAAAGAUUAA